AUGGGAUACUUAAAAAUUGACUUUACAUUUAUAGAAUUGAUUAAUUUACAGCCACCAUUGCUGCAAGCGAUUUUCCUUGGUGACAUCCAAGAAGUUCGCUCUUUAUUGGCGACACAGCAAGAAAGUGUCCAUUGGAAGGAUGAAAAACUGCGUACGCUGGUUCACGCAGCAGCUUUUAUUGGAGAUCCAGAAAUCCUUGAAGCGUUGAUCCUAAGCGGAGCCGGAGUGAACAAAAAAGACAAGCACUGGCUGACACCGUUGCACCGAGCGUGUUGUUCAGGGAACGUAGCAGCAGUGGAAGUCCUGCUGAAGCACGAUGCAGCGGUGAACAUCCGAGACACGACCUGGCGAACGCCGUUGCACGUAGCAGCGGCGAACAACGCAGUAGAAUGUGCUCGCCUGAUCCUGCCAAAAUUAUUCAAAAACAUAAACUUGAUGGACCGAAGAAGAAGGACCUGCUUGCACUACGCGGCCUCGAACGGGCACCUGGAGAUGACUCGCCUGCUCCUAGAGCAGCCAGGUUGUGCAAUAAACGCCCGGGACAAGGAGGACCGAUGCGCUCUGCAUUACGCGGUCUCCGAAGGUCAUGAAGAGAUUGUAAAAAUUCUCCUGGAGCACGGAGCUGAGGUCGACGUCAAGGAUCGGAAUCUCUACACUCCCUUGCACGUCUCGGUAGCUGCGGGGAAAUUCGGGUGUCUGAAGAUCCUGAUCGAGGCAGGGGCUGAUAUCGAGGCGAAGAACUCCUACGGGAACACGCCGCUCCACGUCGCCUGCUUGAAUGGACACGCUGCGGCUGUUGCUGUCCUGGUCUAUCAUGGCUCCAAUAUUGAAGCUGUUAAUUACAGAGGACAGACACCGUUGCAUAUAGCCGCUGCGAGUACUCAAGGUGUCAGCUGCUUGGAGAUUCUCCUCAGCGCUGGGGCUGAUAUUAAUGUCCAGUCCCAGGACGGUAGGACUCCGCUUCAUAUGACUGCUAUUCACGGCAGGUUCACUAGGAGCAAAAGUCUCCUGGAUGCUGGAGCCUCUCCUGACACCAGGGACAAAAAUGGAAACACUGCCUUGCAUAUUGCCGCUUGGUUGGGACACGAAUGCCUGACCACCACUUUGUUGGAGUGCGGAGCUUCUCCUGCGGCUAGGAAUGCUGAACAGAGGACGCCCUUGCAUUUGAGCUGUCUUGCUGGGCAUAUUGAAGUCUGCAGGAAGCUACUACAGGUGGACAACAAGAAAAUUGACUCCCGUGACAUUUGCGGGCGAACGCCCUUGCAUUCCGCGGCAUUCAAGGGUUCAGUGGACUGUUUAGACCUUCUGCUGUCCAGCGGAGCGAAUUUCCGACUGUCUGACAACGACAACAGACUGGCCCUGCACUACGCCGCGAACCAGGGUCACUAUUUGUGCGUGUUCACCCUGGUAGGGUACGGCAGUGACCCGAAUGCCCAGGACGUGAACGGCGCGACGUGCCUGCACCUGGCAGCUGGAAGUUUUUCAGUGAUUCACAGCGGUGACUAUGCUGGCGAGUGCGUCAGGUACUUACUUACCCACAGAGCGGACGCUCACAUCCGAGACAAGCGCGGAUUUACCGCGAUUCACUACGCCGUAGCCGGAGGAAACCAGUCCGCCUUGGAAGCGCUGUUGAACGUCUCCGCGACGGUCAUUUCUAAUAAUCAGUCCUCGACUUUGACUAAUUCAAAAAGCAGCCAGCCUUCGCCCCCGAUUCGCUGCGAAAAUAUUUCACCGGCUUCUCCAGGUUCUUCAACCCCAUCAUCAGUAAACCUCACUGCAGCCUCGUUGAUCCAAGGACCGGGGAAUCCCGCAUUGACGCCGCUCCACCUUGCAGCUUUUUGCGGCCACGGAGAAAUUUUAAGGCUGCUAUUACCGCUGUUCCCUAGCACGAACAUCCGGGAAGACACGGGGAAAACUCCCCUGGACUUGGCAGCCUACUGCGGUCACGAACAGUGCGUCAGAUUAUUAUUAAGAUGCGCAGCCCUGGUCUCGGUCCAGGACAACGUCACCAAAAGAACGCCAGUGCACUGCGCAGCGGCAAUGGGUCACGCGGACUGCCUGAAACUCCUUCUGAACAACAUGGAGGACCCCUCGGUGAUCGACAGGUACGACAUUAAGCAUCGGACCGCCUUGACCCUCGCGGUCGCCAAUGAACACACAAAAUGUGCAGCUAUUUUACUGGAAUACAAAGCGGACUGCAAUCUCCCGGAUAUCAAUAAACACACGCCGCUGUUCCGCGCUGUUAUUCAAGUGCAAUAUAAUCCAGAUCCUGUGCUAGAUCAGCUGUUGAGACACGGAGCAAGAGUCUCUGUUCAAGACAACUCUGGGAAGACUCCAGUUCAUUUGGCUGCUGCGGCUGGAGGGCUGUACGCUCUGGAAGCUUUACUAAAAGCAGACCCGAGUGCAGUGUCUCUAAAAGACGACCAAGGCUGCACUGUCCUGCACUGGGCGUGUUACAACGACCAUUCGGAUUGCGUGGAGUACCUUCUGCAGCAGAAUUUUGUCGACACGCUGGAAAGCAACCCACUGUCUGCGGUCCACUGUGCAGUUCACCAGGGCUCGGCAGAGUGUCUUAAGCUUCUAAUCGACAAGUUCGGAGGCAAAGCUGUCGCUGCUGCGCCACGAGAUAAUCCUGGGGGCAGGUUACCCCUCCAUGUUGCAGCUGCUUCAGGAUCCGUCGAAUGCGCUAAAUUAAUUCUUCACUCCGUCGGGGCUAAUCUUGCGGGUCUUGAAGCUCAAGACUACGCGGGGCGAACUCCCCUUCUCAGUGCUGCUCUUGCAGGACAAACUGCUACAAUAGAAUUAUUAUUGGAAUGGAAAGCAAACAUCCAAGCAGUAGACGCUGGAAAUAACACAGCUCUUCACCUGGCUUGUCAAAGAAAACACUCACAAGCAGCUUCUCUUCUCCUGGAUAUAAUCGAAUCAUCCCAGACUGUACCUUUAAUCAAUUCAACUGAAAAUUCUCAGAAGAAUCCUUCAAAGCGGGUGGAAAUUGUCAAUAUGGCUAACAAGCAAUUGAAAACUCCACUUCAUUUUGCUGCUAAAAAUGGUCUUGUUGGCAUAACAAGAAGACUAAUUCAAUUAGGAGCUAGCAUAGUUGCUGUGGAUUUAGACGGAUUGACUCCAGCGCUAGCUUGCGCGCCCAACCCCGCUGUUGCUAAAUGUUUGGCAACUAUUCUCGCAGCUCAUGGGCAAAAUUUGGAGUCUACACAACAGCCGUCAAUUCAACAAACCUCUGAGAUUUAUUUAAACGGCAAAGAUUCUCAGCAUAGCUCGGACUCUGAAUUCUACUGA